GCCUUCGUCCCUCUCGUCCAUUGAUCGCAUCGGCCACUGCUCUCAUCCGACUGCAUCGCUCGAUUCGACUUGCUACUUUUCUCCGCAUCAGCCACAAAGGAACCUCCAAGCAACGUAGUCUACUAUGAGCUCAAGUCCAGUCGACGAGGAGAAGAGACGCCGCGAGCAUGCGAGCGUUAUCCGUCAACGACGACAACCGGUUGAAACCGAGGAAGAGCUCUUGGCCAUGCAGGAUGAGUUCUACAAGGCCAACGACAGACCCGCCGCAGCUGUUGUCAGAGUCAAGAAACCCGUAGUGAGCGGCAGUAGCACCGGGAACUCUGGGGACACAACAAGGCACGUUACUGUUGAAGAUAAUGACGAUGACGACAUGCCUCCGCCUUUGGAAAAGGAUAUGGUCUCUCUUGACGGCGACCAGCUACCUCUGCAACCGCCCAGUAUCCAGGCAUCAUCUUUCAAACUUCGAGGAGGGUCAAGAUUUCUGCAGGAUAGAGCCAGCAAAGGGCCUAGGACACAUUUCCAGACACCCCCCAAAGGCGAGCGAUUUCAGAUUGACUUUGACGAUGAGGAUGACGGUACAAGCGUCCCUACAGCCGCAAGGACCGCUCACCAUGAUGGUAUACAGGACGAAUUCGAGACUGAGGAGGAUACACGGAGGAGGCUGCGCAGCGCAGGUCCAUCGAUGGGUCAGGUCUUGCACGAGGUCUUGGAGAAACCCGUUAAAGAAGCUGUAGCCCCAACUACUGCGACGACGACUCCUGGUUCUCUAGUGCCGAACACGCAACCAGUCAAGGGGGGAUUCAAGGGCAAGAGCUUGUUCGCGAGACGGCUCGCUGAGGCACAGAGCAAGGGGUCUUCACUAUCUGGAACCCCAGAGCCCAUCGCUGCGAAGGGUUCGAUCAACGCUCAGAGCAGUGACACCCCCAACUCAGCCGCAUACACCACGUUCAUGUCGAAAAUCAAUACGACGCCCGACGCCAUGAGAGACACUGUUGCUUCCCCCAGCCCAGUUGAUACAGUGCCGAUUCGACCUGCGACCAGACCAGCAGCGAGACCAGCCAGUUUUAGUGGCCAAGGAGGCAAUCGAUCCUUUCCACCGAAGCCCUCCUCCGCGCUUCAUUCGGUCUUGAAAAAGAGGCCAGAUUCGCCUCACAGUACGCUAAUGGAACAGAUCGACGAGGAAAACAAAAGAAAGCUCGCUAGUCUGUCGCAGGAGGAAAUUGAGCAGGAACAGGCGGAGCUUUUACGGAACCUAGAUCCAGAGCUCGUGAAGAAACUGAUGAGGCGCAACACUGUACAAAGACGAGUCAGCUUUUCGGAAGGAGUCAAAGUUGAGGACAAGGUCGUCAGUAUGCAUAAUAUCAGAGACGGGCACGGUGACUCUGCCUUCCAGGCAAAAAGGCACAAUGAGGAAGAGGGCGAUCAUCCGUUGGCACUAAAGAGAUAUUUUGCUGAUGUUCCUGCAGAGCCGGAAAAGUUGGAGUGGAUGGGAAUUGAAAGCACGAGUGAGAACUCCGACAGUACUAAGUCUAUUCUUGGCAAAUCUGUCGCACCGGGACCACAGCCAUACACCGUGAGUGAAGCAGAUCCGCCAGCAGCUCAUUAUCGGUUUGAUUUUACAGGGAAGAUUAUCAACGACGAGAACAUACCAGUUCACCUUGGGCUACAUCAUCAUGGCGUGGAUCCCACGAAAGCCGGAUACACACUUUCGGAAUUGCUGCAUCUUAUUCGAUCAACAGUGCCCAGUCAAAGAAUCCUUCCUCUGAAUAUCGUCGCUAAGGUUCUUCAAAACUGCAGAGAUCCGGCAUUCGCUUCCUUUGAAGUCCGCGCUGGAAUCUUGCGCUGGCUAAUCGACACACUCCGCGCUCCAGUCUAUAUCCGUGCGGCGCUGGAUGAUAAGACGAAUAGCGGAAUUGUUGCAGCAAUCAAUGCAAUCUACACAUGGACGAUGCCCCCGCCCAACCUUGGGCUGCCAGAAGACAUUUGGGAUUCGCUCGACCAUCUGAACCGCGGCUAUGAGCGGAUCAGUAUUGGAUUCAAGUACCAGAAUAUUACAAAGUUCGCCAACAUGGAACUCAGGUCCGAUACGCUGCAGGCGAGUCAGGAGCAGGGAACAGAGACAGAAGAGACGAUUGCAGCGCACGCGAUUUUGGCUUCAAAGGAUCCUGUAGAGGGUCUGCUUGCUAUGAACAUCAUCCCCCGACUUCGAUAUAUUCUGGACGUUUGCCAACUACCAGCCUUCUCGAAUGCGCAAGUGUUGGAUAUCUUAUUAACUAUCGUGCGGAGCAACGCGGGUGCAGCCAAGAAGGCUUUCCAAUGCGAGGGUUUGAUUGCGGCGCUUAUCCGACACUACGGCGCAAUCUCGUGGCCCUCUGAGAGAGGUGAUCUGGAGCUGAACUGCACAGUCAAGGCAAUAUCGAUCCUGGAUAUCAUCGUCAGAUCGUCCAAGGAAGUUGCAUCAGCAGUGAUUGACGAAGGACAUUUGGAGCCCCUGCUUCGUUUCUUGGUGGUUACGCCCGAGGCAAAGGCGGAGAAUAGACGCGGUUUUGCAAUCCAAACCCAGGUGUUGAAGCUGUUUCGGUCAUUGGCAGCAUAUGGACUCUACUGUAAUGUGCUGGGUGACAGUUUGCAGUCGCUGCUGCUUCAGGAUCUUGCCCAGACAAUCGCGGAGCGAAACAAGGGCGACCUCGAUCCAGUAGUCAAAACGUUCCUUUCCAGAAAGCUGUCCAUGUUUUUCCAGCUCGCCACUGCUUGGACCCAUGCUGCCGCAGAUGUGCAUCGCACGAUCCCAGAGCACUCGCUUUGUUGGGCGCAGGCUGCGGCUUUCCUUGACCCUGCUCUGGAUGGAAUCACGCACUGGAAGCACUCGGAUCAUCUAUCUACCUUCAAUAUUGAAGAUGCGAUGUUGGCCGCUUCCACGGUUCGCUAUAUCAGUACCUGGGCACGCUAUCUUUCGACUAACCCGCCGGACAACGAGCAGAUCUUGGAACGCGUUUGGAAAGCUGUGCAUUUCACGACCUGGACCAACUCGAACGCAUACAAAACCGUGCAUGGGCGGCUGACAUCGCUCUUAAAGGACGUUCCAGGGCUGGACGAGCCUGCGCUACCUCAUGUCGGUAUAACGAUGAACAACCCUUCAGCUUUGUCAGCCAUCGCGUCUAAUCUUUUCGAGGUGUCUCUGUGUUGCGAAUACCUGAGCAGCCAUUUGACUGCUAUGUUUUACCUCGCUCGCCUCACUUCUGCGCAGCCUUUUAUCUUACAUGAGACCAUCCAGACCUUGGUGUCCGAGUCCGUCUUUGGACUGGUGGAGCAGGUGACCAAGUACGAGUUGACGAUCCAGGACCAGAUCCCGACGACCUUGCCGCCUUGGACAGCAUUUGUCUCUCGACAUGGUGUCUACUUUGUCGCUCAUUGGCUCACGGCCAUGGAUGCUCUCGUGUACCAGCAGGAUCCCGAUAAUAGCUCGCACAUCAAGCUGACCUUCUUCCCGCUCUUCCAAGUUACAGCGCUAUCCUUGCUCCAGAUUGUCCUCCCUGGAGACGAGAGUCUGAGUCAUGAUGUGCUGCUCAAGAUUCUCUUCAACCCACGCGUUCUUGCCAAGCUGCUUAACCAGAACGCCAAGCAGGUCACAGUCGUGAGGCGAAUUCUGGAACCAUUGUACCUACAAUGCUUUGUCAAGAGUGACAAAGACCUGAAGCAGUCGCAAAGUCUUUGGAUGCAUGAUGGUCGUGGUAUCAACAGCCUGGUGAUGGAUUAUGGAAAGAUCACGGGCCAGCCAUUGUUCAACUGGCUGUUUUAUCCGAUCGACCUGCUUUUCAAGAGUAAGAUGACGUUUGUGGAGGAGUCUGGGGCGUUAAUCGCAGCGACCUCGGUAGCGCACUGCACGCUUGAUUUCGUCUAUUCGCUGUUGCAAACCCUGGACGGCAUAUCGUUCGAGCUCAUCUAUAUGGCGUCACUCAAGUUGCUAUCAUUGGAAGGCGAAAAGGAACCCCAUGACAGACCGGGGGAGGACGAGGAGGAAGAGGAAGGGGAGGAAGAAGAAGAUGGUUUUAUUGAUGAGGAAGUCGAUGCCAAUAUCAACAAACUGCUGGAUCACUUCAGUACUCGCGGCGAUUGCUCUUUGGUUUCCGAUGGUCCUCAAGGCCUGACGGCACUGUCCGAAAAGACACUCUCAGUCCUCACGGCUCCCUUGCCUUUCACACAGUUCAUGAAAAACUUUAUAGAGAACUCCUUCACGACAGGCACGCUCUUGCAGUUCCAGUCAACGGCGGCUCGAUUCUUGUUUCCAGCCAUGGCGCUUUCUUCUGAGCUGCAGCUUCUCAUUUGGCAAGAGUCCUUCAACUUUCUGGGAGGGAUAACGACCAAGUGGGAGGAACUUGACGCGGGCACACUCAGAAGUCUGAUUACAGACGACCAAGAGUGCGUAACAUCGGAAGUCCUAAAGCACUAUCUUAAAGCGGUCGUCAGCGGACGAGUGAUCAAGCAACGCAACCCUGCGCUUUACUGGAUCGCAGUUCAUCAUCUGGCCCGGGUCGCAUUUGGCCCUAUUCAGAUGCCAUCUCCACCUCGCGGUGGUCUACGUUCUAGAGCAGCGCCUCCAGGGGAUGCGUCCGACAAGCAGGACGAGGGAGAAGGAUUAUCUGCAGAGGAUGCGGCUGCAUUGGAGGAGCGACGUACGAUUGUUAAGACGAUUGUUUCAGGAACGAAGAGCAAAGAGCUGGUUCGGGACUGGGUCCAGUAUGAGGGACGGAAUUACGAACAAUCAUCGUCUACUUUGAACAAGAAAUUGUCUUCCUCGGCAAACACCAGUUCCACACCCUUGACAGCAGCAGUGACAAUGUCGUCAUCUGCAUCUGCCCCAGUAUUGGCGGAUAGUAUCUUUUCAACGUCGCCUGUAGUCAAGUCGCCGAGUCGUCCGCUGUCACUCCUGUCGACGUCGGCAUCGUUUCCUGUGAUUGGUAGCAGCGAUUACCUGAGCUGCGACAACAUUCUGACACCGCCGGAGUGUUUCCUCGAGCGGAGACAACUGAUGGUCGGUGCACGUAAGGCAUGGCUCGAGGGCGUUGUAGGCAAGGAGGGAUUGGGUCGUGUGGAACAGGCGAUCAUGGAGGGAACACCUGUUGGUACACAUGGAGGUCCUGGAGGGGUGCAUGGGUCCCAUAGUUCCCAUACACCGCAUUACGGAGGAGGGAGAUGGGCUCACUAGUGACAGGAUAUUUACAUGUAUUGUUUUUAUUGAUGGGUGGGUUCUUAGGGUGGUUAAAGCCAGAAUAGGCUCUCUUAAUAAAACUGUGUGCACACAUCUAGCCGGGUGAAAAAGUGGGAGAGUGCUUAUGGAAUGUCAGGAAUAUGAGCACCGACGUAGCCUAACAUUUUCCACCGACAUGAUCUAACAUCUCCC